AUGUCGCAUCCAAUCCAGAAGAUCCAGCCUUCGAAGUUUCCCAGCGGACCGUCGCCAAUUACCCCGGAUCAACGAUAUUGGAAGUCCUUCAAGCACUCGCAGAACCUGUCCUGCCAGUCACCGGUGACCCAUAUCUCUUACCCAGCGCCGUCUCGAAACCCCCUACAGCCCUCGAACAAUGACUCUUUCGUCGUGACUACAGGUACGAGGGUGCAGAUAUAUUCGAUACAGAGCCGCAAACUUACCAAGACCAUCACACGCUUCACCGAUAUUGCGCACAGCGCAGAAAUCCGACGCGAUGGCCGGAUUAUGGUUGCAGGAGACGAUUCGGGGAGGAUACAGGUGUUCGACAUGAAGGAGCGGGCGAUCCUGAAGACCUGGGACGAGCACAAGCAGCCAGUAUGGACGACGAAGUUCUCACCGACCGAGAUGACGACCCUGAUGAGCGCAAGUGACGAUCGCACAGUCCGUUUAUGGGAUCUGCCGAGCCAGGAGAGCACUACGAAGUUCAUUGGGCAUUCAGAUUACGUGCGAAGUGGGGGCUUCUUGCCGGGCACGAUGUCGAAUAUGCUGGUGACGGGAAGUUAUGAUAUGACGGUCAGACUUUGGGAUCCGAGAACAGCGACGAAGGCUGCGAUGACUUUCAAGCACGCUGCACCAAUUGAGGCAGUCCUCCCGCUGCCCUCUGGGACCACGGUAUUGGCGGCAGCAGACAAUCAAAUCUCUGUUCUUGACCUGGUCGCCGGAAAGCCUCUGCACCUCCUCAAGAAUCAUCAAAAGACCGUUACUUCAUUAUGCCUGGCAUCGAAUGGAACCAGGCUGGUUAGUGGAGGACUAGACGGCCACAUCAAGAUCUUCGAAACUUCACAGUGGAACGUUGUUGCCGGAUCCAAAUACCCAUCACCAGUUCUCUCGGUUAACGUCAUCGCAUCAGGCCCGAACCAGGAGGAUAGGAUUCUCGCGGUCGGAAUGCAGUCGGGAGGAUUAUCAGUGAAGACUCGUCUAAAGGGGAAGGAACAGGCCGAGGUGCGAGAGAAGAAGAAGGAGAUGGAGGCGCUGCUUGAAGGGACAUUAGACGAAUACGACGCGAAGAACAAGAAGCGCAAGAGAGCAGAAGAAAUGACGAGGAAGAACAAAGAAGCUGCAAAAAAUACCACCGCGGAACAAUCAGCAGUACAAAAAGUCAACAUCCAUGUUGAGCGGAGACCAGCACCAGAGACUGUUUGGGAGAGAGACUUACGCCAAGGCAAAUACGCACAUGCAUUAGAUGCAGUUCUAGAGCCAAACUUGCCAUCGUCCAAGGUCUUCGAAGUCUUGCAAGAGUUGAGAUAUCGCAAUGCGCUAAAGAUUGCGUUGGAGGAUAGAGAGGAGGCGACGAUUCUACCGAUAUUCAAGUGGGUCAGCAAAUACCUGCCAUACCCGAAAUACGCCAAGGUCACCCACGAAGCGGCCGAUAUCCUCGUCGACUUGUACCGGGAGCGAGUAGUGGAGUCGGAAGCUAUAGAAAAGUGUUUCAAGGCGCUGCAUCGAAGAGUCAACAAUGAAGCGGAAACGAUACAGCAAAUGCUGCAGGCACAGGGGAUGCUCAAGCUCUUGUUGACCCCAAGACCGUGA